AUGUGUUCUGGGUUUGCGGGGAGCCAGGGCGAGUCCAUGAUGCUAUUUCUUGGCUUUUUUGCCUUCUCUUUAGCUUUUAUCAGCAGUGCAGCCGAGCGUCCAAGGAAACCAUUCGAAAGCGGUGUGACGCUUUCACAUAGCGAGUGUCGGUCGGGAUGGUCAAAAAUACAACUCGCGACUUCCAGUGUCCGAGGUGCAAUCGGAAAUUUGCAAGGUUGGAGCAUCUGCAGCGCCACGAACGAUCGCGUACUUGAACCCUGUCCCGCAAAACGUGCUACUGGACUAACUAGUGUAGAUACGAAGGAAAAACCGUUUGUCUGCGACAGAUGCCCUAAGUCAUUUACUCGUAAGGAUUUGCUGGUCCGACAUGAACGCCUCGCCCACGAUUCGUCUCCGGCAGCUGCAACCCCUGAGUCGGUCCCCACAGCUCCAGCCGAGCCGGUGUCUGAUGGCCUCAAUGUGCUGGCUUCUGCAGUAACCGAUCAUCCAUUCUCACCCACGCACGAGGCUGUCUUACCGGCAACACACGCUGCGUUUCCGAUUGCUUCAGCUGCAGAGCCAGCCCCUUUCACUGAACCUUUUCCUCACGAGGGUGAUGAUUUUACCUCGUUCCUUGACAGCAUCCCCGUGCCCAGCCACCCAUACUCCCCAACUUACCAGCCGCUGCCGCUCUUUCCUGCGCUGCAGUUCGAUUCUGGUUCAGAGUAUCCCUCGAGUCUAGGUCACGGCGGAACUGCGACACCGUAUAGCUCGGUGCUUCCGCGCCAUGGAACGCAAUUGCCAUCACUGCACCUCGAGGAGUCUCAACCACCACCUUCCAGGAACCGCCCGCUCAAGGGCCCGAUCGGCGUGACAACACAGUGCCGUGAUCGGCUGGUGAGCGAGCUCCGCAACUAUGCCAAUGUGAUACCCAACCAAAAUAUCCCGUCGCGCCAUGCCCUCUCCCGAUGCCUUACGGGAUAUGUUACUGGAUACCAUGACCAUUAUCCGUUUCUUCAUAUUCCCACGUUGAACAUAGAGAAGACACCGUUGCAUCUUGUCCUGUCCAUGGCAGCUCUAGGUGCCCAGUAUUGCCGGGAACCAGACACAAGCAUCAGUCUCUUCUAUGUCGCUAAAACCGUGACUUUGGAACAUAUGCGGCGGGACCUCCAAUGGACUGGGAGUCGCAAGACAGUAUCCGCGAAUCAGAGCCAGGACAUACUGGAGACCGUUCAGUCACUGCUUAUGCUAAUGUCAGUUUCGUCUUGGUUUGAGCAUUACCCGCCCCAUUAUGAGGGGUUGUACUUGCGUAGCCAGUUGGAAACUUUGCUGCGGAAGGAUGGUUUGAAUACACUCCCCCGGCAAGAUGGAUCGUGGGAGAGUUGGAUCCGGAACGAGAGCGCAAAGAGAACAAAGUUGAUCGUGUUCUGUUUCUUUGGCAUUCAAACAAUUGUAUUCGACGUCCCGCCCGGUAUUCUAAGCGAGGAGAUAACCCUUGAUCUGCCUUGUACGGAAAAGGAAUGGACCGCUGCUAGUGCUAGCGAGUGGAUGCAAUGCAGGCAGUACGGCCGCGGAAGCCCUAGACUGCAAGACGCCCUGACUUCCUUAUUUACACGGAUUCCGAGUGCGGGAGGCCAAUUGGAAAGCUUUACCUCCCUCGGUGGCCUUGUCCUUAUUCACGCCAUAAUUCAAGACAUAUGGCUAAUCCAGAAGGCAUGCCGUGUCCCCAUUACCUCCUUGGAACAAGCACUGGAGAAUUGGUGCCAGUGCUGGGAACGCAAUCAAGAGUCCUCAACAGAUCCCUUUAAUCCGAACGGCCCACUUUCGUUUACUUCCACGGCUCUACUGCGUCUUGCGUAUAUCCGUCUCAACGCUGAUUUCAGCUCUGCACGGCGUCUCCAGACUUUCAACCCAGACGAGAUUGCUCGGUCCCUCCGACAGAACCUCAAAGUACAGCGCAGCGACCGGCUGACCCGCGCCGCACUGCAUUGCGCACAUGCGUUGAGCACGCCGAUCAAACUGGGCAUCAACUACGUUGCACGUACGCUGGUGGUCUCGUGGUCGAACCAGUACGCCCUCUGCUCGCUCGAAUGCGCAGUUCUCCUAGCGAAGUGGCUUGAAAUCGCCACCGUGAAGAAUCCCGAGCCCAGAUUGACGGAGCAAGAAACGAAGCUACUCGAGUUCGUGAUUGAGAUGGUAAUGGAGGCGCAGCAUGAAGUGUCUCGCUCGUGGCUCUUGGAGAACAAUACUCGUCUGAGUGCUGUGGUGACCAGGCUCUGGGCCCGGUUGUUCACGGCGGACUAUAUUUAUGAGCUUGUUAACCUGAUCGGCCGAUCAUUGAACAGCUACGCCAAUCUUCUCGAAAACGUAGAAGCCACUUGA